UGAUGCGUAGUGCAACCUCCACCUGCUCCACCUCGCUCUUGUGCAAUCUGGAGACUCCGUUUCUAGCGACGAACGCCAGUUUCAAGAUUCAGCCAUAGCUGAAUCACUGUUGUCGCGGCCUCUCCGAUUCAGCAGCAUCAGUCAGUAGAUCAGCCAGCAGCCAUGGAUCCAGAUGCGUUGGCCAAGGCGUUCGUGCAGCACUAUUACACCACCUUCGACACAUCCCGCAAUAACCUGUACGCGUUGUACCAGGAUCAGUCGAUGCUGACGUUCGAGGGUGAGAAAUUUCAAGGCGUACAAAACAUUCAGAACAAGAUCUCCAGCCUGCCGUUCCAGUCCUGCACGCACAUCGUCAGCACGGUCGAUUGCCAGCCGUCCGGCCCUGGAGGCGGGAUGGUCGUGUUUGUCAGCGGGAGCCUGAAACUCGCAGAUCAAGAGCAUCCACUCAAGUUUAGCCAGAUGUUUCACUUGAUGCCUACGCCAGCUGGUAGCUUCUACGUCUUGAACGACAUCUUCCGGCUGAACUAUGGUUAAGCUGAUUUCCUGGUGUAUAUUUUUAUGGGACAAAGAGGAUGCGCUUUUGUACCCAAAAUGGUGAAUCCGCCACAGACCCAGCCCUAGCGCAGAUGGCAGUGCUUUCCUAGUCAAGAUGGGUGUACGAUGUUGAAACGCCUGUUUCAAUUCAUAAGGAGACUACUUGGUCUAGUGGCUGGUCACAGGGGCGGUGGAGAGAGGGUGCAGCUACUGGGAGCACCUGAUUUGGAUGAGGAUGUCAUACAUCAAGAAUGGCUGCUGAAGAAUUGUAUGCAGUUGCUCAGCAAGUACGGUAGUUCACCUGAACAAGAUGGUAUCUUAAAGCGAGAAGGUAAAAUAGUGAAGGCUGGCCCUGUUAGAAGCUAGAAUGAAUGAUUAACACAUAGGAGAAUAGGGGAGAUAUAUGGUUUGGGUUGUACCCUCUAAGAACAUACCCUAUCUAGC